AUGCGGGUGUACCUUCCCCAAGAGAAACACAACAGCAACUAUCUAAACCUGGGGGACAGAACCCGAGAAGGAAAAAGCCAGGAGUCCAGGAUCGGGAAAGGCAAGAAGGGGGAGGAGGAGGUGCUUAGGCAAGCAGCCGAAGACUUAAAGGUGGAGCUGUCCCAGCCUCGCGUGGCCAAACUGACAGGCGGCGCGGCCUCCAAGCUCUCCACGAUCCGGGCUGUUCGCAAAUCCAUCACCUGCAUUCUCACCGUCAUCAACCAGACUCAGAAGGAGAACCUCAGGAAAUUCCACACGGGUGAGAAGUACGAACCCCUGAUCUGCGGCGCAAGAAGACACGAGGAAAACCCGAAGACCAAGCAGCAGCAGCAGCGGACAGAGCAGCUGCACCUGCUGCGGCAGUACUUGCACAAGGCCUGAGCGCUGGCUUCAAGAGAACACAGGGGCGCCCGGGUGGCUCAGUCGGUCGAGCAACCGACUUCGGCUCAGGCCAUGAUCUCAUGGUCUGUGAGUUCGAGCCCCGCGUCAGGCUCUGUGCUGACAGCUCAGAGCCGGGAGCCUGCUUCGGAUUCUGUGUCUCCCUCUCUCUGCCCCCCC